ACAGGCCCUGAUUUGGCGGUACAUGUUCGACGAAGGGGUCAGUCGCAGAGGGGGGAAAGGGGAAAGUUUGGACGGAGGAGAGAGAGGCGUCGCGACGCGAUAGUGGCGGCACCGAGGCGGGUCGGUUCAUCGUAAUGUACAACGUGUGUGCAACGCUGGAUUUAUUUUCGUGUGAGUCUUUGUCCCUGUGUGGAUUCGUAUCACGAACGCACUACGCACGGAACUACACAACUUGGGAUAUGUGUCACGAUGAUAAUACGCGCGUUAGGCGAUCGGCAGGUUCAACGGCGAUGCCGUGCGCUCCGAUAUCUGUAAUAAUCCGCAUCCUCGCGACACCUCGAUCCCCGCGUACAAACAUUUGUCAAUAAUUCGCUCGGAUCGUGCACAAUUUGCGUGGGUGCAUCGUAAGCGCACGGCCGUCCCGUCGGGAUCGGUAUCGAAAUCGGUACGGAGAUCGGAAUCUGAAUCAGAUGCGGGAGAGACCGGUUCAAGAAGCCGACAGUUACAUUGUCAUGUACGCCUAUUAUAUGAAUCAGUCGCGGUGCUAGCGGUGCUCCAACCCACACCGAAGAAUAGAGCGUACUUUGCGCAAUAGCUUAACCAACAUCGCGCGGGAAAUGCACCUAGAUAGCUAUGCGCCAGGGCCGUACGUUCGACUCGGGUUUCGCCGACUCGGGGAAAUACCUCUUUUCCAGCUCACGGAAUUCCGCGGUAUCGGAGGAAUCGGCGAUACGCGACGAACGGUCGUCGAAAUACUGCGAUUACCGUUAAGAAAAUAAGAAUCAUUGGAAAAUAACUCUGAAGCUCGUGGAAAGAUGGGAGAAAAUGGGAAACGAGAGGCACGGACCGCUUCGUACCGUCGGAGGUUGGCCAUGAGAGUCAAGUUGGAUUGAGUCGGCGGUUAUGCGACGCGCGAAGCUCGCGGAAUGAGGGAAUGUAACGAGUAUGGAAAGAGGGGCAGAGAGAGGGAGAGAGAGGGUCAUCGCAGGGCACGACGAUGAGGCGAACAUGGAAGGGAAAAGAAGCUUACGACGAAACGAUGAAGAAGAAGUGGAAGGAGAGGAGGGGGAGCAGAAGGCCAAAGGGGUCUGGAAGACCGACGACGUUGAGAAAAUGAUUAUAACAGCGGUGGUGCCGGCGCGAGGGUCGAAAUAUAAGAAACGACGACGAUAACAUCGCAACGUAUAUCGCGUUAGCGAACGAGAAUUCCCCGCUACGUGACGACUGUACGUACGGCGAACGCACCGCCGUUUCUAACGCGACAUCGCACAGGGGAGCGGGUGAGAGGGGCAGAGGGGAAUUUCGUAUGCAUGUGCGUACGUGUACGUAUACGCGCGUACCGCGUAUGCAUACGUUCGUCGUAUGUGCCACGCGGCGUAGGCGUACAGAGUUACAUUGCACGCAGACAGAUACGGUGGCAAUGACAGACCCGCAGUUGAACAACAACAACAACAAUAACAACAAUAACGAUGGCGAGCCAAAAUAUCUGCAUAAAAAAUUCAAGAAGAUGGCCACCAGCGAGGCGGCGACGGUGGAAUCGAAGAGAGAAACGGUUGCAGUUGAGAAUAACCGCAUGGUCACCGUUACUCGAGGAGAUAACGAGAAGGAAAAAAAAGGUGGGGAAUCAGAUGAGGUGGGAGAAGAAUCAACGACGGCCAAGACGGAAGCAUCUCCAGAACCCGACGGUGAGGUGGGAGGCGAGGGGAAAAAAAGCGGAAAUGUUUGUCCGUAUUGUAAAUUGUCGUGUGCCAAACCGAGCGUACUCCAAAAACACAUCAGAGCACACACGAAUGAACGACCAUUUCCAUGCGUCCCCUGCGGGUUUGCCUUCAAAACGAGAUCUAAUCUUUAUAAACACUGCAGGUCCAGAGCACAUGCGCUUAGAAUAGAGGGAGGAGAUUCUAGCAAGGUUUCAGAGGAUUCAGAUAUUAGCCUUUCGGACAGCGCCAGUAAUGGAACGGGAACACCACCUCCGCCGAUCUCUUCUUCGGCACCGAAUUCGGCACCGCAGACGUUGAAAACAGUAAAAACCGGGAAAAUAUAUAAGCCGAAAUUUCACACGGCACUCAAUAGCGUCGGGCAUGAUUCCGAGGUGUCUUCAAUUUCUAGUAACUCGUCGACGAAUUCUACAAACUCCGGGUCCAACAACAAACCUAACGCCGAACAGCUACAGGAACACAUAGAUAAAAUAAUAACGGCCAAUCAGGCGAUAGUCGACGCCGUUGAUCCGAGACUUCAUAAAUUAAUGCAGAGACAGCAGAGCCUCGUUGAGCCCCAAUAUGCGUCCGAACAACCUUUAAACCUGUCGUCGGCCGAGGAGAAUUCGUUGCAGAGAAAAAGAUGUUACAGUGAAAGUUUCGCGUUUGAAAAAGAACCGGAAGGAUCGAUAAUGAAGGAUCUACUUUCGAAGACCAAAGGAGCACAAAAUUCCGAGAGCCUCGGCGAUCAGGAAACCCUCGUAUGUCCGGUCUGCAAGAUACCUUACACAAGUAUCGACAAUCUCGAAGCGCACAGGAGAUAUUAUUGCAAGGGUACGCCGAACCAGAGGAAACCGGAGUUUCAACUCGAUCUCGAUAAAAAGGAACAUCCAGAUUACGAUCUGAAGUCAGAUUAUUACAGCACCCUCCAACCUCUACCUUCCCCCGGCCCGUUACUCGGUAACACAAGACUCGUCGACGCUUACGUACCACCGCAAACGAAACAGAGGUCGGAAUCGGCUCCGACGACGUUGAGGUCGUUAGAAGAACUUUCUAAAUAUCCAAGGCCGAAUUCGCUGCAGAUGUUCGGAGGGGAGGUCAGGAUAUUGGAUAAUACCGGUGAGACGAAAACAAUGAGGAUAGAACCUCGUCAAAGUAAUUCGCCGUCGUCCGCGUCCGAUCACGUGGUGAAUAACAAAUGUGCCACGUCCGAAACAUCUUCGAUCGUCGUAAGGUCGGGAUUACACUCCGGUGGCACGAUGGUCCAUAAGCCACCGGGUAGUUCAACGUCGACACCUAGCAGUACAAUUUCUUUACCAAAUACACCUAAGAUGCUCGCACCUAUCAUACCGAACAUAUCAACCCCAAAUAUUGCCCCGACGAUAUCAUGCUAUGGUUAUUUAGAACCAAAUCUUAAUCCCCUUAACAACAUCACUGCCUACAACCCCCUGACAUUGCCGCAGGCGGGUAUCGCGAGCAUUUUUCACGGUGGUAAGGUGAUACCGCAUGUACCAGGUAUGCCGGGACCUCACAGUCUCUCUGGUUUGCAGACCGGCGAUAUUCCCACAGGAAAUUCAACCGGAUCGGAAAAUAGUUAUAAAGUAAUACCUGGAUUACCCGGACUGCACGUCGUCGCGCAACCUCUGGAUUUAGCCAGUCCUGUUAAGAUACAAACACCAAACAUUCCGGGAAUACCAGGACCCCACUCUAAUAUUAUGCCAACACCGGCUGGGCAACCUCUUGAUUUGGCCAGUCCGCCGAGAGAUUUUAAAUUCUCAAGUUUCAGUAAACCGUCGAACAACGGUGGUUUCAGGAGCGGUGCGGUGAACCCGAAAAUUCCGGGGACAAAAAAUGAGGAGAAAUUUAGAAACAGAACGGAACACGAUCGCCAUAAGGGAGGUGGCGGUACUAUCAAGCAGUACAAGGGUGUCGAGACCCCCAGAGAAAGGAGAGAAUUUGGAUACGAAAAAAGCCCGAAGUCAGAGAAGGUGUUCUCGUAUCCCAAUGGGGCAAACGAAGGUGCGGUCAACACGUACGGAAUUUCGCAAAGGUAUUCUCCUAAGAGUCCGAAUGUUUCGGAGAGCAGAAAAAGACCAUGCGGAUGGUCGGGUAAUCCGGAAACGUUGGAACCCCUUCGUCGCAGUCCAAUUUUGAAACACGAACCGCCAUCGCCCCAUGAAAAUGGUCGUAUAAAAGAUACGAGUCUUCCAGAUGUUAAAGCAAGGCUUUUUGGGAGCUACGAUAAUGGAUCGAUGGACAUUAACGGUGUUAAAAUGAAAACAGUCGAGUGUGUAACGCCUACGAUAACUGUGAACGUUGAUAAUACUUCUAAUUUUAAUUCUUCUUCCAAAAUAAACGAAGUGCCAAAUAGAUUAUCAUCACCUGGUGAUCAGUUCGUUGUUAAAAAUAUUAAUAAGGUAUCGGAAGAAUCGAGUGAACCGGAAAGUAACUCAAAAUUUCUCAGGCCGACAUCGCUUCCGCUUAAACCAGGAACAUUCACCCCGAAAAGACACCAUGGAAUAACACCAACCGCGAAUACCCUACCGCUUAUCAGUCCAGAGACACCUAGACCCAGGAAAUCCUACGGACAACUGUAUCUGAAUGGACACGCCUACACCUACCUGGGACUGAAGUGUUCCACCAGAGUGUUUUACUGUACUUUAAACAGGCCUCAGCCUAUGUACGUUACGCAACAACAUGGACUGUCCAUGUAUUCCAAUUGGAAAAUCUGCAAAGAAGCACCUCCUGACUUGGACAUGGCUCAUUACGACUCUAGGCAUCGGCCAGCUAGCUAUACAAUCGCGUGUAAAAAACAGGAAGAUAUUUUAACGCACUCUUCCCAGAGGCCAACGACACCGGCGAGUCCAGACAACAACUCGGAAAAUGAUACGCAAGAAAAAGCGAAACGCGUCAAAAUUUUUGACGGUGGAUUUGAGAGCAAUGAGGACUACAUCUACGUCAGGGGAAGAGGCCGGGGUAGAUACGUUUGCGAAGAAUGUGGAAUCCGAUGCAAGAAACCUUCCAUGCUGAAGAAACAUAUCAGAACGCAUACAGACGUCAGACCGUAUACCUGCAAGCACUGCACUUUUAGUUUUAAGACGAAGGGGAACUUGACAAAGCAUAUGAAAUCUAAGGCACAUUACAAGAAAUGUGUCGAACUUGGCGUAGUUCCUGUACCGACUUUAGUAUGUGAUGAGAACAUCGACAAAGACGCGGUUGCUCGGUUGGCCGCGGGUGGUGGAAAUGCCGAAGAGUCUUCCGAAGAAGAAGAAGACACCGAGGGAGAAGAGAGCGAAGAGUCCGGAAGUGAAGAACAUGAAGCUGCACAGGGACUUCUGAGUCUUUCGCAAAGAAGUGCUAAUAGAUUACCUGGACUUCUUCCAUCGGGUAGACCAACCACUUAUCCGUACACCUUAACGUUAUCUCCAAGUACUGUUUGUAGUACCGUUGUUACAACGACAACCACUUCAGCACCUCUUAGCAGCCAAGCUGCGGCUGUUAUUCAAAGUGAAUUGUCACAUCGUUAUUAUUUUCCGUCAAAUCGUUCUGUACCAGAAAAACCUAGGAGUAGUGUAAUUAUACAGUCUUCCAAAAAAUCGUCGGAUUCUGAGAUUGAGAAUGACGACAUUACCGUAGUGGUUACUGAUACUCAAGGGAGUUCUCCCCAGCAGCCCAUGGACCUAACAACCAAACAAACCCCGACCAAUUGUUCUCGUAAUAUUUCAUCACAUAGAGUUAAACCUGCUGAUAUUCUUACUCCGGUUUCCGAACCUGUUUUACUUCAGACCAUUGUUCAGACCAUGGAAAGACUUCCUGUGCAAGGAAGAGAAUGGAAAUCAGACGCACAAGGUCAUAUGCUACAAGCUUACCUCACGGAAAGGCACGUUAUGGACAGUAAAAUGAAGCUACAAUAUCGAGUUGGCAGUUCUAAGGACAUGCAGACAAAUAAACAACGUGAUGCUAUUAGAUCAAAGAAUUUAGACCUCAACGGUGUACCAACUGUGACCUAUACAGAUCCCAGCAAAAUGCAGCACACGUUUUCAGAUGCAAGGAUAAAAAAUAUGGUUUUGAAACAGAACACGGAUGAUAUGCUACUUGAAAUCAGGGAUAAAAUGUACCAUGGUAAUUUGCCUGUUGAAAGGAGACUCUUUGAUACCGAAUCCGUCUACAAGGACAAAGAAAACGCCAAUAGAUUGAUCUCAGAUUCGGAAGGUCAAUUUGAUCACCGAGCCGUGGAGGGAAGUCCAAUCAUGACAUCUAAAACGAAUAUCGUCGAAAGAAUGCAUUUUGUGAUGGAACCUGUUGGGAGAAUUACACCUGUUACGAUUGAAAGGCAAUCACCUAGGCACUUUAAUAUGGAAAUGAUCAACAGGAAUUCGUCAGCCUCAAGAGAAAUAAAAAGCGAGAUGGAUAGAAGCACCAUGUUCAAUGCGAUAAAAAUGAUGAAUGAAAUUGAAAGGCCCAGGGAUUGCCAUACCCCAAAUAUACAGGAUCCAGUAAACAGGCCACCGAGUCGAGAAACAAGAGUACAAAGUCAUAGCCCAAGGUCACAUCAAGAUUUGAGACCACCAAGCAGGGAGAUAUGUCGUACACCGAAUCAAGAACCUAGAACGUCUUCAGAAAAGCCUACUCAGGAGUUUAGGCUACCCAAUAACGAGCUUAGAAUACCUAGUCAAGAACCAUUUAAGCCUGGUAAUCAGGACGUAAGAAAUACGAGCCAGGAGAUGACCUCUCCUACUAACGUUUCGGAGUUCAGAAUACAAAUGAAUUCGGAGACUCUGAGACCACCGAGUCGAGAAACCAGACAAUCUCAAAGUCAGGUUCAAUUGCAGCCACAGGAUACUAAAACAAACUUUGACGUGAUAUCGAAAUCUGGAGAAAUUCCUAGAACUACGGGUUCUCAGGAUAAUCAGAAAUCUCAGAGCAUUAUUGAACCCAGAAGUAGCAUUAUUGAACCCAGAAAUAGCAACAAUGAACGGACUGAGAUCAAACAGAGCAUUGAUGUGGCUAAACAGAAUAUGGCAGAGAAUAUCAAACACUCUGUAGCAAGGAAAAUGGUCGUCGGUGGACCCGGAUUCAGAUCACCUUCACCUCCUGGAGGAGGUGGGAAACCGCAAGCAGAAUUUUUACAGCCAUCGACUGGUCCUGCCCCCAAUUAUGUCAGUUACAGUGUGACUGAAGACGGCCGAAGCGUUUGCGGAAUUUGCAACAAGGUCUUCAGUAAGCCAAGUCAGCUUAGGUUACACAUCAACAUUCACUACUUCGAACGUCCCUUCAGGUGUGAAAGUUGUGCAGUAUCAUUCAGAACAAAAGGACAUCUCACUAAACACGAGCGAUCGGUUUCCCACCAUAAUAAGGUCAGUAUGACGUCCACUUUUGGGGCAGCUACAACGAGUAAUCCUCGUCCCUUCAAAUGUACGGACUGUAAAAUCGCGUUCAGGAUACACGGGCAUUUGGCAAAGCACUUGCGAAGUAAAAUGCAUAUUAUGAAGUUAGAAUGCCUCGGAAAAUUACCGUUUGGUACUUACGCGGAGAUGGAAAGAUCCGGGAUUAAUAUGAACGACAUCGACACCAGUGACUGUGAUAAUAGUCUUACUAGUCUCCAGAGUUUGGCUCAGAAAUUGUACGAAAAGGAUCCAAGUAAGAUGGGUCAAUGGGACACCGAAAUCGUUCCUAGUCAGGGUGCAAGCGGUGGUGAGACAUCAUCUGAUGAGGGAGAACCGAUUCCUCUGCAUCCUUUGCAUCAUUAUCCUCAAUCAAUAUCUUCGGAAAAUGAUCUUCCUGGUUCUCGAAGUUAUCACAUGCCAAUUUUAGUCAGCGAAGAAUCAAAACCAAUUGCUGAAAUUCGACAUGCGAAUCCUCAAUUCAGCCACCAUCAGCAAAGAGUAACAGAUUUCAGUGGUAUAAGCGAGCCACGACAGCAUGUGAGAAACGUUGUGAGAACAAAUUUAGCUGGUCAAAAUGAAAUCGAAGAUAUCAACAGGGUUGACGAUGGUAUUCAACAGAUACAGUAUAAAUGCAGUAUUUGUUCAAAGUCAAUUUUUAGAACUCUAAACGAAUUACAAGUACACUGUUUUGUAGAGCACAAUAUCGAAGCUGAUUCCUCAUCAUGUCCUUCGUUAAUAAUUGGUGUAGGUAUAAAUCAUAGUGAUAGAAGUGGCAGCGAGGGUAAAGACUCUAUCGUGAGUGGAGAUAACUUAAAAAAUCGCACUCAAAAAAGAACUAACGAUUCAGACGACGACCUUUUUAAUAGAGACGAUCUAAAGAGACAAAAAAAGGUUAUCGAUGAUACAUAGUGCCAAAAUAACUAUCUAAAUAUUUUAUACAUGUAUACGUACCUGUGUGUGUAAGUCCUGAUAAUACAAAAUGAACCAAAAAAACAGAAAGAUUCUUAAUAAACACAUUUUUUUUGCAAGUUUUAUUGUUCGUUUCUUUUCCGUCAUUUGAUACGUAUACAUGCAUAUCAUAUACCUAAUUUACAAUGAUAAAGGUAUACAUAUAAUACAAUUAAGACGUUACCCAGUAACGAAUAAUAAUAUUUAUAUUUAUAGCAACCAAACUAACUGUGUAUAAAAAAAAAAGAAGUAAAGAAAAAUUAAAAAUCCUACAACGCGGACUGGUAUGUGAUCAUGUAUUUAAAGUGCAAAUGUUGUGUGCAAACUCGAAGAGUAUUCUAAUAUUAUUGUUAUUCAUCAUAUUAUUCUUAUUAUUACCGUUAUACAAUUCACAAAUUAGCGAAUAUUAUUCAUUCUCGUCUACCUACACAUUUAAUACUAUAUACAUGCAUAUACAUACUAUUACCAUAUGCUAUUACUUGUAAAUUCUAGCUUUAGAUAAAUAUAAAUAUUGAAAAAAUGAAUAAUAGAUCAUAAUCAAUGAGCUGAAAAAUAACAUGUGCUAAAUCGAACAGAAAUUAAUCACAUGCUUGUGAAACAUUGUUCCCUUUUCUUUUUGUUUUUUUUUUAUCUUGUACAGAGUGAGAGAAAAAUCAACGAUAUGUACGGUAGUUAUUUUUACGAUGUAUACACGAUAAUAAAUAUAAAUAUACAUAUUGUAUAUACAUAUUAUAAUCUGUACGCUAUAAUAUGAAUCGGAUUAGAACGAUCAUUUUCAUCAUCAUCAUCGUGAUUAUUAUUAUCGUUAUCAUUUCGAUUAUUUCUAUCCUUACAAUUAACAUUAUGUUUCAUCAUUACGCAAUUAGGCAUCCAAAAAUAUUAGAAAUUGAUAUGGGAAGUAAAUUAUUGUUAUAAUUUGAGCGAGACGACGAAUGACGAUGAUGAUGAUAUUUAACAAAAUAAAUAAUUAAAUAAUGAAAUAUUUAAUUGAUAGAAUAUACUUGUGAAAUCAUAGUAUGGCAUUAUAGUACGUUAAAAUAAUAUACGAAAAACAAAAAAAAUAAUCAAACAAUUUUUCGUUGAAGGCAUCUAAAAUGAAAUAAUGUAUUUUACUAUACAUACAUAGGUAUUGGUGCUUUAUACUAUCUGUAAUAGUCUGCCUUAAAUUUCGGAGUAAAAAAUGUCUUUCCUAAACACAGCAUAAUCAUAAACAUCAAAUUUAUUCAAAACAUAAUAUAAAUAUUUUAUAUAAAAUUUAAUUCGGGUAUGGGUAUGGGUAGUUUUUUUUUUGUUCAUACGUCGUGUAAUUUGUGUAUGUUAGAUUUACAUAAAUUAUCUAUCUACAUAUAAUCACAAUGUGUACGUACCUAUAUCGACGUUAUUUUUGGUAGACUGUAUUUAUAGUUUGUUUAUAGCGUCUGUAUACAUGUAGGUAUGUAUGUAUGGUAUGUGCAUGAAAUUGGAAUUGGAAAAUGUGAGAAAAAAGGAAGAAAAAAUUUGAAAAAUGAAAAUAAUAGAUUGAGAAAACAAGGAGAGACUUGCGCUUUUAUAGUAUGUAAUGUUUAAAAUAUUAUUACAAAUAAUGUUCGAAAAUGUGAAUGUGCGAUAUAUAAGGAAAAACAAAACCGACAAAAAAAUCAUCGAAUCAUUCUAGUUUUUAGGUAAAGACAAAAGUAGAACGAAGAAAGAAAAGGAAAAACGAAUAUUUAUUCGGAAAUCUUGAGUCUACUUUACAUAAUUGGAACCAAAAUAUGGCUUUUGCCUAUAGAUAUCAGAACAAGGGACCGGAGUAUGUCUAGAAUUUUGUAAACGUAUCGAAUGAUUAACAUACACGAUAUAUGUAUAACUAUAUAUUAUAUUUAAAAUUAAAUUAGAUAGAAUAACUUUCAAGAAAUACACAAAUGAAACAUAAUUAGCAUAAAAAUUAACAAGAACAGAAUUUGGUUCAAAGACCGAGGUUCCCUACUCACUUACCUACUCAUCUAUCUUCCUAACUAAUCAACCGCAAAACUGCUAUUGAAACUAUACAUAUAUCUAUGAUACUAUACAGAAAUAUUUACAAAAGUGUAAUUUAUUUAUUGUAAAUAAAAAGCAUAUUAUUGCCUCAGAA